CAUUCUCUGAACUCAAUGAAUAUGCUAACAAGGAGUUGUUUUAAUGGAAUAUAAAAUUGAUGCCCACUGAGCACCGUGCAGAGAGAAAAGUUCCCCAUCAUGAUGCAUAUAUAAAGUUGCUCAUAGAAAAGAAAAAAAAAAUAGUUAUAGCAAAGGAAGCAAUAGGUGUAAAACCGCGUAGGUAGGGAAGUGUACACUGUUUCCAUGCGCCAUGUGAUGGGUCUCCUACUCUCCACCCUCCCACUAUCGCAAUAAAUACUUGUGAUCUUACUUCAUUUUGCUUUGCUUAUCUCUUAUGCCAUUCACUACCUUUAGUGUAUGACACUCCACGACGCUGUCCCUUUUCUCUCUCUCUUUCUCUUCCCAAAUUGAUAUAAAUUCACGGGUUAGGCUCAGGGUCAAUCUCUUAUUGGUGUGUGUACCUUCAGAUCUUUUAAACCAUUUGGCCCUUUAGAUCUUGGAGGAAAGCUAGUAGUGUGUAUAAUCCUUGGUUUCACAAAAUAAUGGCUCCACUCGUGUACGUUGGUUGCAGAAAGGUGCUCCUGCUAUUUGUUAUUUUGUUCUUUUUUGUUUCUUUUUGCUUCAGUGUCUGCUCUGAACCUCAACUCAAGAGCAAAGAGUUAAAUAGUAUCAGUGGUGGUAGAAGAAGAAUGUUGGAAUUGAAGGCAGAAGAAAAUGAAGAGUAUGAACAACCUUUGAAGAAGAAAUCCACCAAAAACCAGACCAAGUUAAUCAAGCCGCCAAGUAACCUUUCUUUGAAAAACCAAACCAAAACCAUCAAAUCCAAUAACCUUAAUUCCACCAAAAACCAAACCAAACUCAGCUCCAAAACCACACUCACCGACACCAGCCUCAAGAAGCUCAAUUCCACCACCUUUAAGACCAAGAAGCUCAAUUCCACCAACUCCUCAAAACCUAGUAACUCUGUUUCCACUUCCAUCAAGACAUCAUUGGAUCUCGCGAAAGCAAGUGGGGGUGGAGCCAAAGCCAAGAACAAAACGACAAAAGCCACCGCCACAAAGGACAAGGACAAGGACAAGCAAACCAAUAACAAGUUCAUCAAGGAAGAUCAAACUGAACCUGAGAAGCCAAACAUACAGAACAAGAAAUUAAAAGCACCACCUAGUUGGUUGUUUGAAGAAGAGGACGAUGAUUUGAUUUCAGGUUUCAAAGAUCUACCCAUCAAGUUCAAGCAAACAUUGAUCCCAGACCUUGAGCGAAUCUCAACAACCUCAAAAGCUUACAUCACCAAAGCCAACAAAGAGAUCACAAAAGGGUUCAAACCUUAUGUUGGCAACAAGUACGCACCCACCAUUGCAACCUCACUUUCUUUUGCUUUCGUGCUUAUCCCUUUGGUUUUUAUCUCUCUCCUUUUCAAUAGAAUCAAAGCUUACUUCUCACUCCAAAAACUCUUGAUCUUCAUCCAAGCCUAUCUCUCAAUCUACUUCUUCAUUCUCUGCCUCUCUUCUUUGAUCACUGGGCUUGAACCCUUAAGGUUUUUCUACUCUACUUCGCAGACCACAUAUCUAUGUCUGCAAGUCCUUCAAACUCUCGCUUAUGUUCUCUACCUUCUCCUCCUUCUCAUGUACCUCCUUUUGGUGUUUUCUACUGAUUGUGGAUUGGGCUCAAAGUUUCUGGGCCUGGCCCAAUCCUUCGUGGGCUUUUCGGUCGGAUUACAUUAUUAUAUGACGGUGUUUCACAGGGUUGUGUUGCGGCAACCGCCCAAGACCAAUUGGAAGAUUCACGGGAUUUAUGCCACGUGUUUUUUCCUCAUUUGUCUCAUCGCUGGGGCUGAUAGAAGGAAGAAGACUUACUUGGAAGAAGGUGGAGAAGAAGGCAAGAAGAAUUAGUUAUACCUACAAUUUUAUUUUCUAUUUUCUUUUUAAUCAUUUUAAUUAUAAGUUCAAAUCAACAUACAAAUCUUUGUUCAUGCAAUGUAAUGCCGCAAGGCUUUCACUUUUGAGUCAGUCA